CAUGUCUGGAGGCAGGCUGCGCGCGCCCCUGCUGACACCGUUCACCUCCAACUGAGGAACUUUGCUGGAGUUCUCCUCUCAGCUUCUCUGGCUGCAAACCGAGUCAGGCCGUGUUUAAAGAAGACAGGCGGCGCUUCUACAGCCCAGAGUUCUUCUGGCCGUACAUGUCCUGCUUCAUUUAAAACUUUUUUCUAAUAAGCAGACACUUUCCUCCCCCCCCCCCACCAGCCCCUGGAGGAACGUAACUUUGGCUGGAAGUCGCUGCUUACCUGAACAUACUGAGGAAUACCCAAGUUUCCCCGGCUCGCCUAAAGUGAAAGGAGUUGGAACCGGACUCAGACUAACUUCUUCUCCUCUCCCCGGACAGUUGUGGACAUGGUUUGGGUUAUAUGGGGCCUCCUCUUCUCCGUCGGCUUGUUCCUCUCCCCUGUCUGCGAGUCGGUGGAGCGGCAGCAGAGUCGCAGCAGCUUCAGGAGGCUGUACGUGCUGCAGCCCGGGCCGGGGUCGGGCCCCGCUUCGGCUCCUGGGGAAGGCGGGGUGCGCCUCAGCUCCAUCUCUACACGCCACGGCCCGUCCGGACAGCCCAUGGCUUAUAACGUGGAUCUCACGGGAAGCUUUGGCAGCCAGGUUCGGAACCGCAGGAUGGGGAAUCCAGCGGCUCCAGCCCCACAACUACAGGACCAGAACCAGCAGAACCAGCUGAUGAAGCUGUCCGGGGUGAAUGUCUGUGGAGGGCAGUGCUGUCACGGCUGGAGUAAAACUCAGGGAUCGCAGCGGUGCACCAAACCCAACUGCUUCCCUCCAUGCCAGAACGGAGGAAUGUGCCUUAGGCCCCAGCUCUGUGUCUGCAAACCGGGCUCCAAGGGGAAGGCCUGUGAGCAGACCCCGGUGCCAGCUCACUCCAGCCCAGUGAUGCCUGGGAACGAACCCACCAAUGAUCACACUUACGGUCACACCAAUGGAAACAAUGUGGUGCCACAGAGGCCCAUACCUCAGCAAGUGCCACCUAACAGCUACACCUCCACUAAUAACUUGGCCCAGAUGAAGUUAACUGUCAAGGCGGGCCCCCAGUUUGUCAGACCCCAAUACAUCCAGCAUCAUAUCCAGCAGCAAAUCCGGCCGGUGCCGAUCCACUCUGGACAGAACCAGCAAUACGUCAUCAAGCCCAAGUACUACCACACACACACCACACACACACAGAUGCAUGUUCAGCCCCAACCUGAGCGCCCCAUCCCUCUGACGGUGGGACACAACUCUAUCCAUGCACUGGGGAACCAAACAGGAAGGAUCAAGGUGGUCUUCACACCCACCAUCUGCAAAGUGACCUGCGUAGGAAGCAGAUGUCACAACAGCUGUGAGAGGGGAAACACCACCACCAUCAUCAGUGAGAACGGCCACGCCACAGACACGCUGACAGCGCCAAACUUCAGAGUAGUGGUGUGUCACCUGCCGUGCAUUAAUGGUGGUAAAUGUAGCGCCAGGGACAAGUGCCAGUGUCCCCCGAACUUUGCUGGCAAGUUUUGCCAAAUGCCCAUUCAACAUGGACACCAGCAGCACCAGCAGUCGUCUGUGGCCUAUGGCCAGGCUCAGAUUGUCUCUACACAUACCCUGCCUCUCACAUACAGCCAUGGACAGAUGCCUGUGUUCAACCCAGGCAUUGUUAACAUCCACAUCAAACAUCCCCCAGAAGCCUCAGUUCAGGUUCACCAAGUAUCCCAGCUGGACAAUUACUCCAACAAUGGGCACCAACAACAAGGGUCCCACUCAGGCUCCUCUUCAUCCAGCAGCUACAGCUACCACCACUCUGAAAGCAGCCAGAAGGUUCAGCAGCACGGCUACAACAUGGUUCAUCCCAACCACCAUGGCUACAAGGUGCCCCAUUACCAGCCCGUCGCCUCCAAGAACACCCUGGGUCGCUGCUUCCAGGAAACAGCAGCCGGUCAGUGUGGAAAGGCUUUACCGGGUCUCACCAAGCUGGAUCAAUGUUGUGCAACAAUUGGGACCUCCUGGGGCUUCCACAAAUGCCAGAAGUGUCCAAAUAAACCCUCUAUCCCUCUGAUAGACUGUCCUCUGGGAUAUAAGAGGAUCAACAGUUCUCACUGCCAAGAUGUGGAUGAAUGCCAGCUGCAGGUCGUUUGUCCUAACGGAGACUGUCUGAACACGAUGGGCAGUUACAUGUGCACAUGUAAACCAGGCUAUGCCCCCGACACCUCUCUCACCAACUGCAUCCCCAACACACCUGCCGUCCAGGAAGAAAAGGGCGCUUGCUUCCGCUACGUCAACUCAGCGAGGCAGUGCUUACACCCAGUGUCUGCCCAGCUGAGCAAGCAGCUUUGCUGCUGCAGUGUGGGCAAAGCCUGGGGCCCUCGUUGUGAUAAAUGCCCCCCUCCUGGAACAGCCUUGUUUAAAGAAAUCUGUCCCGGCGGAAUGGGCUACACCGUUUUACCAAACCCUCCAGUAAACAAGCCAGUAACCGUUUUCCAGGAACCAGUUGACCUGUUACCUCUGCAACCCCUGCCAACGUCAGAGAAACCAGUGGAGGCCUUUGGGACACCAGAAGAGAUUCUUCCAGAAGUUGUUGAGAAAACGUCUCCUCCUGCCCCGGUGGAGAUUCUCCCAUCCAAUGCGGGUCAGGACAUCGCACCCACUCAGUUAGCUGAGGUGGAUGAGUGCCAGAUCAACCCUUCCAUAUGCGGGCAGGGGGUUUGUUACAACACAGCUGAGAGCUACAUCUGCCACUGUGAAGAGGGAUUCCACCUGGAUGGCAGCCAAAGCACCUGCGUAGACAUUGAUGAGUGUGAAAACAGGACAGUGUGUCCUUCAGGUAUUUGCUACAAUGAGCCUGGAGGUUACAGCUGUGGUGCCUGUCCUCUUGGUUUUGUAGGCCAAGGAGGUCGCUGCAUUGAUGUAGACGAGUGCCAUGAUGAGCGGGUGUGUGUCAGAGGCCACUGCCUGAACACUGAAGGCUCGUUCCUGUGUCAGUGUGAACCCGGGUUCAGAGUGUCAUCAGCUGGGGACCAGUGUGAUGAUGUGGAUGAGUGUCAGGAGGAGGUUUCUCCAUGUGUGUCUGUGGGAGAGUGUGUCAACAACAUGGGCUCCUACACCUGCACCUGCCCCGAGGGCUUCAGGCAGAUCAAUGGCACCAGCUGCAUAGAUGUGGACGAGUGUGUGGAGGAGGCUGAGCUCUGCUCCCCUCAUGGUUCAUGUCUCAACACCGAAGGCUCCUAUCUGUGUGUGUGUGACAGUGGGUUCACCGCCAGCCUCCAUGCGCCCUCUUGUGAUGACAUUGAUGAGUGCGGGCUCAACGAGACGCGCUGCGGGCCCCACGGCUACUGUGAGAACCGGCUGGGCUCCUUCCAGUGUCUCUGUGACCAAGGCUACCAGGAGUCCCAGGACGGCCACGCCUGCGAGGACGUGAAUGAGUGUGAGCUCCUGAGCAGUGUGUGUGGAGAGGCCGAGUGCAUGAACGUGGAUGGCUCCUUCCUCUGUGUGUGUCCCAAUGGUCUGGACUACAACGUCAUGAUUGCCAAGUGUGAACCCACUCAAACAGCGCCUUCAGUGGAAAGGAAGGAUUGCUACUAUCAUCUUAGUGACGAGAACCUCUGUGAGAGUGUGCUGAGCAGCCACGUCACGCUGAAGGAGUGCUGCUGUACUCUUGGAGCCGGCUGGGGGGACAACUGUGAGGUGUACCCUUGUCCUGUUAAUGGCACAGACCAGUUCACUGAGAUGUGUCCAUCCGGAAGAGGUUUUGUUCCCGCAGAAGACCUGCUAUAUGGAGUAAUGUUCUCAAACAGUUACAAAGACGCAGAUGAAUGCAAACUGUUUGAUAAGGAGGUGUGUAAAGGUGGCUACUGUGGGAACACAGAGGGAAGCUAUGAGUGUUACUGCACCAGUGGACACUACUACGACCCGGUCAAGCUGGAGUGCACAGAUGUCAAUGAGUGUUUGGAUGAGUCUGUUUGUGAUGGAGGAGAGUGUCUGAACACAGACGGCUCCUUCAACUGCUUCUGUAGACCCCCCAUGGUGCUGGACCCCAACAGUAACCACUGUGUUGUGCUUCCUCAGCUGGCUGAGCAACAAGAGAUGGAGAUGGAGCAUUUGGACUAUCAGGGGAUCUGCUGGCAGACAGUCACAGAAACCAAGAUGUGCAUGCGGCCCCUGGGGCCCAACAGGAAGAUCACCUUCACUGAGUGCUGCUGUCGCUUCGGAGAGGCCUGGGGGAUGGAGUGCGCCUUGUGUCCCCUCCGACACUCAGAGGACUAUGCAUCCAUGUGCAACAUUCCUUUGGGUGGGAGGCGACAGCCUUAUGGCCACGAUGCCCUGGUUGCCGGUCCGGUUCAUGAAUAUGAAGUGAGCCCAGACUACAUGACGUCACCCGAUGAGCAGCAUGUCCACAACUUUUAUGAAAACGAAGAGCGUCGCUACAGCGCCUUCGAGGGUUUGCGAGCUGAGGAGUGCGGGAUCCUGAACGGCUGCGAGAACGGCCGCUGCGUCCGGGUUCAGGAGGGCUACACUUGCGACUGCUUUGCAGGAUUCACCCUGGACCUGUCCCGCAUGGCCUGCGUCGAUGUGAACGAGUGCUCGGAGCUGAACAGCCGGAUGUCGCUGUGCAGAAACGGGAAGUGCAUCAACACAGUGGGCUCCUACCGCUGCGAGUGCCUGCCGGGCUACAAGGUCUCCGACAAACCCAACUACUGUGUGAAGACGGACAAACAGCAAACAUCCACACAGUGAGAGGAGGCAGAGACCAGAAGGGCCACAAAAACCACACGCACAAGCUCAUAAUACUAUACUUGUGAGGACAUCCACUGACUACAGUCGGGCAAAUGAAAAAUUGUCGGCAGCAAUCGAAUUGUGAACAUCCUGCAGCUCAGCUGACCGUCGGCGCGGAGCAGGAGGAGCACAGGGAGCAACAGUCUCCCUUUCCUUUAGCAUAACCGAACCACGUUUCAUUUUACUUAUCACAUCCCAAAUAUUUCUAUAUCAUUUUUAUAAUGGACUGUUAGAUUGUGUUGUCAACAGCGUCAUAUACACCAGCUGCCUUUUUUUGUCUUUAUACAAUUAAAUUAUUAUGCCUGAGAGGUAAAUUACUGGUCAGCUGGAUAAAAGAAAUUACUUUCUAGUUUCACUCUACUGGCGCAAUAUGUCUGACCGAUGGUUCUGAUUUAUUUGUUUUGUUUUGCUUUAAGUGAUUUUUAGUCCAGCCAGUCGAUGGGAUUAAUGUGAGCAGUGAACUGGUCUUCCUGUUUCCAGUCACCUGCUUUGAAUAAUCCUUAGGAAAUGUCUAUAUAAAUACUUGUUUUGCGGCCAAAGUUACAUAAAUGCCUGGCGGUUAUCAGAGACCCGGUCGGGUUGAUUAUAGGCUAAUGUGUGGAUUUCCUGGAAGUAAAGAGUUGAGGUGCUUUUUAGAUCCGAGAAGAGUGAUCAAAAUCAGCUAGUCCAUGACACACACACGCAAAUACACACACACGCCUACACACACAAAAUCGAAUCCACUAUAUUCAACACUGUAUAAAGAAAACACAUUAGACAAAGAUGAAUUAUAAAGUUACUUGAUGAAGCUUAUUUCUGGGAGUGAGAUAUGUAAAAGAAAAUAUGUUUGUUUAUAUCUUUUUUUUUUCUUGAAUUUGUCUCUAAGUGGUGCUUUAUGAGGCAGCAGAGGUGGAUCUGCUCUUUUAGCUUCCUGACAAACCCAACAUAUGGUUUUAUGCUGGGGGAUCCUGUCGUGCUUCACAGCACUUCGAAUACAUCAUUGAAUAUUUCAUACCGCAAGGAUUCCGGCUGUCCGUUCCACUCCUUCCUCCGACCUCUGACCUCUGGGAACUAGCUGUCAUCACACCACAGCACCAUCAGGCCGUUUAGCCUGGAAGUUUUUGCCUGAGCUGACGAAAGUCACUCAGCUUUGGAAAGAAGCUUUCCUCGGGCUUUUCUUUUCGAUGUGUAACAGCUGUCAGAUGCAAUCAGACAUCUGCAAAACACAGAACAAAACUCUGCUUCAUGUUUUCUACAAGAGCUGCUGCUCUCUACAUCUUCAAGAGACUCUAACCGUCUUUUCCUGACUCUGUUUCACUCAAAAGUCUUGCCAGGUUGCGAUGCUGUUGUGGGACAGUAAUGGGAGAGAAGAACCCAGUGUACAUUUCUACUAAAGAGUGAAGAGAAUAGGCUGUGUAUUUGUAAUUUGUACAUGAACAAAUGGCUUUUUCUGUGAAUUCAUAACAAUGUACAUUAAACCCAUUGGUAAUAAACCACAAAUUGUUUUAUUUAAUGGUA